AUGGCAUCUCCACCGCCGCAGAAGGGUGCCGGCCUGCCGAACCCGUAUGCCCAGAGGGGCCUUCCCAAUCCAUAUGCCUCGGCCACCAUCUCUGCUGCGCCUGUCAAGUACACCGAGGAGCAGGCCAAGGCUGAACAACAGAAGAAAGCACCUGCUUUUCAUAAUCCACACAACAUCAAGCGCCCUCAGGCGAAAAACCAAGCCAAGAAGCCCGGCACAACAGUCAAGAAGCCUACCAUGCCUGCACUUGCCCCAGUCUCCUCUUCAGGCCCUGGACCCGCUGCCGCCAACCCCCAACAGCACGGUAUCGACUACUACCGGAGUACCGCUGACGAUGAUGCCACCAUUCUGGAAGAACGGAGAAUGCGCAACUAUGAGGAGAAGCAGAGAAAGAAGGAACAGAAAAAGUUCAAUAAGAUGUUCGGCCAGUGGAAUCCACAGGCGCCUCACAAGCCCGAGCGAUAUUCCAAUCUGCGAGCUUACAGGGCGAGCGGUGGCUACCAGCGCAAGAAGGAGGGUUUCAACGCAUUCUUGCGAGGGGCUGCUGCUCAGCACAGAUCUCGUAAUGAGAGCGAACCCUUGAACGGCUCCCGUUCAGCCUCUUCGUCUAGCCCAGCUCCAGCUGCAGUGCCCACCAGACCAUCAUUUGCCCCGCCGGCCUCCUACGAUGAUGCCCCUGUAAUGCCGCCCUCUGAACAUUCUGGAGACGAUGCCUAUGCUCGCCGCAUGCAGCCAAACAGUGCGCCGUCUCCCUCUGCGCACGAGUCUGCGCCCGGAUAUCCUCCGCCUCCUCCUGCAGCUACAAGUGAACACACGCCUCCACCUCCGCCUCCACCACCAGUUACUUCUGUGCCGACAUCUUCAACCUACCAAGGUGCCACUAUAUCUGCGCCACCCAUACGCUACGCGAACGCGACCAUCUCAGCGCCACCAGUUCGUUACGAGCGUCCUGACGUUCCAAUGGAAGAUCUCGACGAUGAGCCAACCCCAGAAGAACGUCCAUCGAAGCGUCCCAAGAUCAGCAAGGCAGAAGCGAUGAUGGCCAAGAUGGGAUACAAAAAGGGCCAGGGUCUGGGUAAAAAUAAUGACGGAGUGGUCACCCACCUGGAAGUCAAGAUGCGCAAAGUUCCGCAGGGAGCCAGUACUUUUGACGAUGAAGGCGGCAAGGUCAAAUCACAACAAGUCUGGGAUGUUCGCGGCGGCGCACGCAAUCAGAAAGAUGAGCCUGGAAAGUUUGGCGAGGAGUCGCCUGUCGUGGUUACUUGGGGUUGCGUAGAUGGCGUUGAUUGGGACGCCAACGCUGAUCGCAACGACGGCGGUAUCCGCCAGGAUAUGGGUGAGGCGUUUAGCAACAAGUUUGGCCCGGUCGAGCACGUGCAGCUAGACGAAAACAACAAGGACGGCGUCGUAUACAUCCACUUCCAAUCCGUCCUCAGCGCCCUCAAUGCCGUCAACCGCUUCGACGAAGGCUGGGAGUUUAGAGGCAGGAAGAUUCGCGCUAAGUACUAUGAUGAGCGUAAGUUUCAUGCCGGUAUUUAUGAUUAUUAA